CUAAAGUUGGUGGUAUUUAGUGCAUCUGGGAAAUGCUUGUUUCUUCACUCCCCAGAGAAGUCCACUGUACCCUGCAGAACCUCAAGGGUUGACGAGGGAACCUUCACCUUGCCUGGCUCUUCUGACCUUGGCUUCUUCUGUAAAAUGGGAAUACUUAUUGCAGUUCUUGGAAUCUGCUUCAGCUCUUCACUUGUAAGAGGACAUUCUAAGGCUGUCACAACAUCUCUAACUACAAAGUGGUCUUCAACUCCUUUGUUACUUGAAGCAAGUGAAUUUUUAUCAGAAGAAGGUCAAGAAAAAUUCUGGAAUUUUGUAGAAGCCAGUCAAAAUAUUAAGACAUCUGAACAUGAUGGUGCAGAUUAUACUUCUUACCAUGAAAUGCUGAAAGCAGCCUGCCACAGUCUGUCACCUUUGCAGCAGAACUUGUUGAAGUUUUCCUUGGCUUUACGGUCUUAUUCUGCAACCGUUCAAGCUUUUCAACAGAUAGCAGCAGAUGAACCUCCGCCAAAGGGCUGUACCCUGUUUUUUGCUGUGCAUGGGGAUAAGACAUGUGAAUUUGAGUUGCUUGGAAACCUUUUACAGGGAGCUUCAGAAAGGCCAAAGCCAUUUUUGUUCAAAGGUGAUCACAAGUACCCAGUGUCAAACCCUGAGAGUCCUGUCGUCAUACUUUAUGCUGAGAUUGGCUCAGAGGAGUUCUACAGAAACCACAAGAAGCUUGUUUUAAAGGCUGAGGCAGGGGAAAUCACUUAUGUCCUCAGACACUAUAUUGCUAAUCCCAGUAAAGAAAAAGUCUACCUCUCUGGGUAUGGUGUGGAACUGGCUAUUAAAAGUACAGAAUAUAAGGCCAAGGAUGAUACACAGGUGAAAGGCACAGAUGUGAAUGCUACAGUAAUAGGUGAAAAUGACCCUGUCGAUGAAGUGCAAGGAUUUCUGUUUGGAAAACUAAGGCAGUUGUAUCCUGACUUGACAGAAGAGCUGAAAGAGCUUAGAAAACACCUCGUGGAAAGUACCAAUGAAAUGGCACCUUUGAAAGUAUGGCAGCUACAAGAUUUAAGUUUUCAAAGUGCUGCUCGCAUUUUGACUGCUCCCCCUGUGGAUGCUUUGAUGGUCAUGAAAGACCUGAGUCAGAACUUUCCUACUAUGGCCAGAGCCAUAACGAAAACAGUUGUUUCUUCGGAACUCAGAGCAGAAAUUGAAGAGAACCAAAAGUAUUUCAAAGGAACAUUAGGAUUGCAACCAGGAGAUUCUGCCUUGUUCAUCAAUGGACUGCUUAUUGAUUUAGACACUCAGGACAUAUUUAGCUUGAUUGAUGUGCUGCGCAAUGAAGCCCGUGUUAUGGAAGGCCUACACAGCUUAGGAAUUGAGGGGCUUUCCCUGCACAAUGUUCUGAAGUUGAACAUCCAGCCAUCAGAUUCUGAUUAUGCUGUGGACAUCAGAAGCUCUGCUAUUUCAUGGAUCAACAAUCUGGAAGUUGACAGUCGGUAUAAUUCCUGGCCUUCCAAUGUGCAAGAACUGCUGCGUCCCACAUUUCCAGGAGUGAUCAGACAAAUCAGAAAAAACUUCCAUAAUUUCGUGCUGAUAGUAGAUCCUGUUCAUGAGACGACUGCAGAAUUACUGAAUGUGGCAGAGAUGUUCUUCAGUAACCACAUCCCACUGAGGAUAGGACUAGUCUUUGUGGUUAAUGACUCAGAGGAUGUUGAUGCACUUCAGGAUCCAGGUGUUGCCCUCCUUAGGACAUACAAUUAUGUGGCCCAAGAAAUGGACAAUAAUUACGCUUUCCAGACUGUCAUGUCUAUAUAUAACAAAGUAAAAACAGGAGAUCAGCUCAAAGUGGAGCAUGUGGUUAGCGUUCUUGAGAAACAGUAUCCUUAUGUGGAAAUCAACAGCAUUCUGGGAAUUGAUUCUGCCUAUGAUCAAAACAGAAAGGCAGCAAGAGGUUACUAUGAGCAAACGGGUGUAGGUCCUCUCCCUGUUGUGUUGUUCAAUGGAAUGCCUUUUCAAAAAGAUCAGCUGGAUCCUGAUGAUCUGGAAACUGUGACAAUGCACAAAAUCCUGGAAACGACAAGCAUCUUCCAGCGAGCUGUGUACCUGGGUGAAUUAUCUAAUGACCAAGAUGUGGUUGAAUACAUCAUGAACCAGCCUAAUGUUGUUCCAAGAAUUAACUCAAGAAUUUUAAUGUCUGACAGAGAGUACCUAGAUUUGACAGGAAUGAGUAACUUUUAUGUAGAUGACUUUGCUCGAUUUACCACAUUGGACUCCAAAGAUAAGACAUCUGCUGUUGCAAACAGCAUGACCUACUUAACAAAGAAAGGAAUGUCUUCCAAGGAGAUCUAUGAUGACUCCUUUGUUAGACCAGUUACUUUUUGGAUUGUUGGCGAUUUUGAUAAACCUUCAGGAAGGCAAUUACUGUAUGAUGCAAUUAAACAUCAGAAAUCCAGCAAUAAUGUUCGAAUUGGCAUGAUUAAUAAUCCUAGUAAUGAUCCAAAUAGCCAGAAUACUGUUGUCGCUAAAGCCAUAUGGGCAGCUCUACAGACACAAACAUCAAAUAAUGCUAAGAACUUCAUCACCAAAAUGGCCAAAGAAGAAACUGCAAAGGCACUAGAGGCAGGAGCUGACAUCUUGGAAUUUGCUGUUGGGGGUAUGGAUAUCAAUAUUUUCAAAGAAGCCUUUGAAUCUCCCAAGGUGGACUUUAUUCUGUCCCAUGCUGUAUAUUGCAGAGAUGUUCUAAAGCUGAAGAAAGGGCAGAGGGCUGUGAUCAGCAAUGGAAGGAUUAUUGGCCCAUUAGAGGAUGCUGAGAUGUUCAAUCAGGAUGAUUUUCAUCUCCUUGAGAAUAUCAUACUAAAGACAUCAGGACAGAAAAUCAAAUCUCAGAUUCAGCAGCUGGGAUUUGAAGAAGAUCUUGCAAGUGACUUGGUCAUGAGAGUGGAUGCUCUUCUUUCUGCUCAACCAAAAGGAGAGGCAAGGAUUGAAUACCAUUAUUUUGAAGAACGAUACAGUGCAGUUAAACUGAGACCAAAAGAGGGGGAGACAUACUUUGAUGUUGUGGCUAUAGUUGAUCCUGUGACCAGAGAUGCUCAAAGACUUGCUCCGUUACUUCUGGUUUUGAACCAAUUGAUAAAUAUGAACCUAAGAGUGUUUAUGAACUGCCAGUCCAGGCUUUCUGACAUGCCACUGAAAAGCUUUUAUCGCUAUGUUUUGGAGCCAGAGAUUUCUUUCACAGCAGAUAACAACUUUGCUCAAGGACCAAUUGCCAAGUUUUUGGAUAUGCCCCAAUCUCCAUUGUUCACUUUAAACCUAAAUACUCCUGAGAGCUGGAUGGUGGAAUCUGUUAGAACCCCAUAUGACCUUGAUAAUAUUUACUUAGUGGAGGUGGACAAUGUCGUAGCUGCAGAAUAUGAAUUGGAGUAUCUGCUUCUGGAAGGACACUGCUAUGAUAUUACUACCGGACAGCCACCUCGGGGACUCCAGUUUACACUAGGAACUACAACCACUCCAGUCAUCGUUGAUACCAUUGUUAUGGCCAACUUGGGCUACUUCCAGUUAAAAGCUAAUCCUGGUGCAUGGACUCUAAGACUGAGAAAGGGCAGAUCUGAGGAUAUCUACAGAAUAUACAGCCAUGAUGGCACAGACUCUCCACCUGAAGCUAGUGAAGUUAGUGUUGUUCUCAACAACUUCAAGAGCAAAAUUAUUAAAGUGAAGGUUCAGAAAAAACUGGAUAUGAUGAAUGAAGAUCUACUAAGUGAUGGUACCAGUGAGAAUGAAUCUGGAUUUUGGGAAUCCCUCAAAUGGGGAUUCACAGGAGGACAAAAGAAUGAAGAUGUGAAACAGGAUAAAGAUGAUGUACUAAAUAUAUUCUCAGUGGCUUCAGGACACCUGUAUGAAAGAUUCCUACGCAUAAUGAUGUUGUCUGUGCUGAAGCACACCAAGACCCCUUUAAAGUUUUGGUUUCUGAAGAACUACUUAUCACCUACAUUCAAGGAAUUCAUCCCAUACAUGGCAAAGAAGUAUAACUUCCAGUAUGAGCUUGUCCAGUAUAAAUGGCCACGCUGGCUUCAUCAGCAAACAGAGAAGCAGCGUAUUAUCUGGGGUUACAAGAUCCUCUUUCUAGAUGUGCUCUUCCCAUUAGCUGUUGAUAAAAUCCUGUUUGUGGAUGCUGAUCAGAUUGUGCGCACAGAUCUAAAGGAAUUACGAGAUUUCAAUCUAGAUGGUGCUCCUUAUGGAUAUACUCCAUUCUGUGACAGUCGAAGAGAAAUGGAUGGCUACAGGUUCUGGAAAUCGGGAUAUUGGGCAAGUCAUCUAGCUGGAAGAAAAUACCACAUCAGUGCUCUGUAUGUUGUGGAUCUGAAGAAGUUCAGAAAGAUAGCAGCUGGAGAUCGACUCAGAGGACAAUAUCAGGGUCUUAGUCAGGAUCCUAACAGUCUGUCCAACCUCGACCAGGAUUUGCCUAACAACAUGAUCCACCAGGUGCCAAUUAAAUCACUGCCACAGGAGUGGCUGUGGUGCGAAACAUGGUGUGAUGACUCCUCAAAGAAGAGAGCAAAAACCAUUGAUCUGUGUAAUAACCCAAUGACCAAAGAGCCCAAGUUGCAAGCAGCAAUGCGUAUAGUUCCAGAAUGGCAGGACUAUGAUCAAGAAAUCAAACAGCUCCAAAGUCUUUUCCAGAAAGAAAAAGAAACAGGAAUACCAGCUGAGAUGCCAGGACAACAUACACACGAUCCAGCAGCACAUGUGGAAUUAUGAUCCAUGGAGAAAAAAAAUCAAGUUAGACUGUUUCACAGACAAUUUUUAUACGGAAAGCUAGGUUUUCUUCUGGUAUGUCUGCAAAACUGCUGAAUAAUUGAAUGGGAUGAUGUAUGCAUUUUUAUUACUUGCCUUUGGGUUAAUUUCUGAAUAUGAAAUAGGAUCGGGAUUGCUGGAAUUAGCAGUACUGGUCUUUUGCACCUGUGGUGGAGAUGAAAGAGCCCAGGAUGGAAUUUGGCAUUUCAGAAACAAAACUUCAAAAUCCACUGGAAAAGCCAAGAGCCUGUUCCUUCAGCUGUUGCUGCCUCCACCACUGAUGAAGAUCCUGUUAGCCUCAGAUCUGACUCCAGAGCUUGGAAAUCACAGACCCAUUGAGCCACUGGCUAGAACAGAAGUCCCAACCUCAACAGAUGGAGAUAAUUUUUCCAGGUACCAUUAAAGGUUCAGACUUAUGCCUUGAAUGGGAUACUGUUUUAUCUGCAGGGUUUCAAAUGGUCUGAAUUGCUUCUCAGAUUUGUUCAGUAUGCCCUUGGUUUUGUAAAAAAAAAAAAAAAAAAAAUCUAGUAUUAGAUUUUCUAUUUCCUGUCUUCAUUUACUGGCCAAUUUUUGAUGGUUUGGCUUAAUGUAAAGCUAUCGCAAUCUAUUAAAAUGUCCACCCAAAUACAAAUGCCUACACUUACAAAGUGAGCUAAACAUGGAAUUUGACACCCUAGCCCACCCGACUUGAAUCAAAGUGCCCUCCCUCCUUCCUGCUCCAAGUUUAAAUUACUCUGCAAAACUGGUAGGGCCUUAGUAUUGCUGUGGUGCUCUGAUUCACGAAUGUGUUUUGUUAUGAAAUCUGUGGAAGCUUGGAAGUUUAUCAUCUUAUACAUUUCAUUAACUUUAUUUUUCUUCAAACAGAUGUCACAUCAAUAAAAACUUUGGUGUUCUUAGGUCUUAAGCUUUAGUUCACACUCAGUCCUUUGGGCAUCAUUUCUGCUUGCACACUUGACAAUCCUAAUUUGAUUUUGGGGUUUGUGAAUAUUUCACCUGCAUUUGUUUUCAUUCUGUGCCCAGACAAGACACAAGAAUUAACCAUCAUUCAUAUCAUUCAUAUUCAUGUCAAUUUUUAAAGGAGAUACUGCCACAGUUCUGUUAUGAACAUACCAAUUUAAAAAACUCAAACCCCGUUUCCCUCAUUCUGUAGGAUUAUUGUCUGCUCCCCCAAAAUGUCGAGAAGUUGAAGAGUUGAAAUUUAAGAACUCAAGUAGUAUUUCUAGCAGUAAAAUAUAAUUCCCUAUGUACUGGGAUUGUUUCUGCCUCCCAUGUUUUUAUACAGAUCAAUGUUCUGUGCUGUAAGAGCAUCACACUAAAGAUAAUCCUGACUUUAUAAAUUCUUCUAAAAUUCUUCUAUUAUACAUACUGUAGAUGUUUUUGAGGAAUCUAAACUCUCUAAUUGCUGGCUUGAACUGUUCAAUAGGGCAGCUGAACAGAAAAGCAACUCUUCUCCAGCCAGCUCAAUAAAGGGCCCACAUCCCUAACCCAAACUCUUAAAAAAAACAUGUUAAAAGAAGGACCUGGGAUCCCCUAAACACACAUUGCUGGCACUAGUGACAAGGUCAGUAAAUUAAUCAGGAACACUGCCCAUACGCCUCUGGUGGGUAUCAGAAGUGGGUGAUUCUAGAAAGGUAUUGGAAAGGCCAGGUUUAUAAUCUCCCCCUCUCCUGAGGAAAAGCCUUGCGAACAUGGGGGGCUGGAUAUCAAACCAGGAACUUCAAGAGUAUGAGUUAUCAGCUGAGGUAUUUUCCACCCUGUGAGUUUCUAAGUUCAGAGAGUCUCCCUACUGCUCUCUAAGUUACAAGUCGCUUAUGCUUUCCAUCAAGACUGUUCCAGUUAAGGACAAGCAGACUUUAAAGGGAUUUUUCUUUCUUCUAGUGCAAAAUGCAAUUAUGUGCCUGCCCACCAAUUAAUUACAUAUUAUGUUGAUUAGCCUGUUCUAAACAGAUAAUACAGCACAUGUAAGACUACCCUUUCUGUGUUCAGCUACCACAUCUGCCUCUCUGGAGCACAUGGAAUGAAUAGCACAGGAUCAGGUAGGCAGCAGCUGUCCAACAGUUUCAUUGAGGGCAGUAGAGGAGAACAGCUUAGGAUGAAUGGUGUGUGAGCAGGGAAAGACUCUGCCUAAGCCCUCAGAACAAGAGAUGCCAGUUUUCUGCAAAACAAGACCCUCUCCUAUCUAGAACCACAUCUUGCUGCCUAUAUUAUUUGAAGCUAAAAGAUAAAGAAGCAAGUAACCUCUCAAAUUCAGCACAAAAUUUACAAUGGUCUGUUCGGAGUUGAAUAGGGAGCAAAUAUCCUUAAAUGUCAGCUAUAGGUUUCUCUUUUUUUUUUCCCCCCAGUUAUGCUCUUCCAUUCUAAUAGUGAAUGUAUGUACUUAACUCUCCACUUUCUUUAACUGUAAGAUCUAGGAAGCCAUGGAGGAUAUUUUUGUUCCCUCUGGUUAACAGAGACCAUGCUCUUCUGGUUCAGCUCUUUUUAGGGAAAAAAGAUAGUAAUAAAUCAAUUCACCACUGGUACAGAAAGAAACCAUGAACAUGUACUGUGAUAUUUGGAACCUUUUCCAGUAUUCUUAAGAGUCCUGGACCUGUUCUCAAGUACAUUAUAAAAUGCACACAGUACUAAUCAUUUUGAAUGUGAACUGCUCCAGUUUCUUCCUGGGAAGCCACUAUUUAUUUGCACAGAACAGCAAUCAUACGGGAGAACAGUCACUUACUGUGAAUCUGUGCACAGUGCUCAACUGGGCCACAAAAGAAAAUUUCUAACAGGUCCAUCUAGAAAGCAUCUCAGAGCAAGUUGAUUACUGAAAUAGAGCUGCUUCUGAUCAUACCACUGAUGGUCUGCUCCUCUAAACUAUUAAGACUGAUAAUCAGAAAUAGAAAAGGGGGAUUACAGAGGUCACUGUAAUUUUGGAUCCCUCAGACUAGAAAGGCCACUUACAUGAAAAAGUGAUGACACUGUUCCCAGUCUUUGGAUACAAGCAGCUUGCCCUCUUGGUGAAAAGAGUCAUACUGAAAAACACCCAGUACUUUAUUUUAAAAGGAAGAUUUCACUGCCUUGCUAGAGAACAAAUAGCAGAGGAAUAUGUUUUUAAGAUUUUUCUUUCAUUUAGCUCUUGGGAUGUAAAGGAAAUGUAAGGGGUGGGACAUGUACAAAGCAGUGACAAUCUUAAGAAAAUGAUUUAAUAUAAACUGUUUUGCAUAUCCAAAUCUUCUGUAGUCUGUUCAGGAACAUACCCUAACUCAGCGUAGCACUGAUACCUACUGACCCAAGCCACUGGGAGUUGUUCUGUAUUGAAUGUUACCUGAACUGAGAUUACACUGAGUUUCCCAGUACAUUGGCAACAAUAAUAUCCGUCUACCCUAAUAAAGCCUUUUCUGUUCUUUA